GAUUUGAAUUUAAUUUCGAAAUGAUAAACAAAAUCAAGCAAUCCACGCAAACACCACUGGGGUGAUAAAAGUAAAAGCUUAAGCACACUUCCUGGUGACUAAAUGCAGUCAUUGCAGUGAUACAUGUUUGGAAGUAUGUUUUAAAGAACGUUAAGAGAAAUAUUAAAAGCUCAAAUAAUGACUGCUUUAAACAACUCAAUGACAAUCAAAGCUCGAAUCAGGGAGGAUUUCCUAACGUGCCCUAUCUGCUUCAAUUCAUUCACCAACCCCAAGGCUCUGCCCUGCCUGCACACAUUCUGCCUGCAAUGUCUAGUGGACUAUGUAAAGGACAACACCCAGUUUCCGUGCCCAACAUGCAGGGAGGUGAUAGUAGUACCACCACAGGGAAUGUCAGCAUUCAAAGACGACUACCGGGUCAUCAGUUUGCAGGAUACAGUUGGCAACAACUCCUUAUCACCAGCGCAAGAAAACCAUGGGCCAACAAAUGAGACAGCUCCAGAUAAUCGCCCUGUGCCAGCCCCCAGAUCCAGAUCCCCAAGACCCAUUCCAGCGCCAAGAAAUCGCUCCCCUGUUCCUGCAACCCAAUUCUUGCCUGAUCUCUCUGCCCCUGAGGCGGAAACCCAAAAGUCAGACUUGAAUGGAGAGAAUUCCUCCCAAAAUUCAGCUUCCCCUAGUUAUGAAAACCAGUCAAACUAUUCAAAUAAUGAUAACUCAAUGCAACAUUUUCCACAGUCUGAAAAUCCUGCUGGACCAAAGAUGAAUUACUUAACUGUCAGCAAUCUUGUGUCUGAUGGGAUCAGUGGUGUGGCUGGGGCAGUAGGAAACACUUUAACUAGUAUUUCUAACUACCUCGGCGGCCAAUCUAGUCUUCAUGCCAACAUCCUCGCUCCCACGUCACCUUAUGAGUUUGUUCCUAAACCUCUUGACAGCUUGUCAAACCCUUACCAGAAUCCCCCUGCUGAGCCAAUCAAUAUUUAUCCACAGAUCAAUAUCAAUCCAACUGGGGCGUGUUCCAAAGGACUGCUUCUGGAGUUUGGAAAAUAUGGACCAGAAAUUGAUAACUUUCUGAAACCCUUUGGACUGGCUGUUAACUCCAAGGAUGAAUUCAUUGUGACAGACAGGGGAGGUAACAGAGUGUUUGUUUUCAAUAGCCAUGGUAUUCUCGCGUGCAGAUUUACAACAGACUGCGGAGUAAAUGGUGUAGCUGCAACCAGAGAUGGCAACAUUCUUAUUGCUGUAAACAAUGACGGCUCAGCUAUCAUGAGGCUGUACUCAAUCCACGGAAAGCUCAUGCAAUCAGUAGGGAAACACUUUAAAUUUGAUCACGCCAGUGGAAUUACAGUCACCCAAUCUGAUCAUGUUGCAAUAUCAAAUAUAGCCGCGGACAAUGUGUUAGUGUUUACCAAAAAUCGAAGUUUCUCAUUGAAGUUUGGAUCGAAGGGCGGGGGAAAUCUACACUUCAAGCAGCCUACCCAUGUGACUUCUACAAACAAGGACUACAUUCUAGUCUCUGACACUGGGAACCACUGCCUCAAGCUUUUUGAUGUGCAGGGAAACUUCAAAAGAUCUAUCGGUUCCCAUGGAAACAGUUGUCACCAGCUGGACACCCCACUGGGCAUUGCAUGUGACGCAAAUGAUAACAUAAUUGUUGCGGACUCAAAUAACUUUAGUGUGAAAAUAUUUUCAAUCAAAGGAGAUUAUGUAACCACUUUAGUUAAAGACACUCACGAGAUAGGUCCAGGUGUAAAACCAAUAAAUGUUGCUGUCACAUCCAAUAAUAAUGUGGCUGUGCUACUUUUUGGUACUGGGUAUGGAGAGGUACGCAUUUACAAGUGGCGCGGUGGAAAUCAAGUAGGCUUCUAGGUACGCGAUACAACAAUAAGAGGAUUGGUGUCCAAGAAUAUAAUUUGAAGAUGGGAAAAGCUUUAUUGGAAUUUGGACUGGAUGUACUGAAUAUUUGACAAAGGAUAAAAAAACACUGUUAUUAAAUAAAUCCAUAUGAGUAUUGCCAUGGAAUAUUUACACAUGCUUCACGUUAAUGCUGAUGAUAGAACUUUCACUGUGUGUUGGCAAUCCAAAAUGGUAUAAUGUUUAUUCAUAUUUAGUUUCACAAUAUUGCCUUUCACUGAACCUAGCCAAAGAUUCCACAAUGUUUUUUGGCCAAACAAAAUUGUGAAUUUGUUAUUUAUAUUUAGUUUCACCUUUAAAGGAACCUUGCCUUAUCUUUUUCAAAAGUUAUAUUGUUUUCAUUAUGCAUAUAUACUUUUCAAAUGUGUGCUGGUAUUAUUUUAUACACAAUAUUUACUAAUUAUUAUUUACUAAUGUGAUACUUUUAUGCAAUUUACAACAUAGGCAAUACUUAUGUUUGUUAGUUCUGUAUAUAGUAUGUUAUAUUUGUUUUAAUUUGGGUUGAUAUAUAGACAUGAUGGGUAUUAAUGUUGUUAAUUCAUAACUUGAAAUGAAGUUUAUUAAAUGCAUUAAAAUCUAA